AUGCAAGUAUCACUUGAAUAUGGAUGGUUACCUUGCAGUAUUGGUGAAUUAUUAUUGGAAAUUGAUUGGAAAAGUGCAAUUGAAUGUUUGAAAAUACUCAAAACAAGAAUUAAUAGAAAAGAUUUCAUUUUAUUAUUGAGACAUUUAUUAGUAUUAUAUGCUGUUAAUCCAAAUCAGGUGGCAAUCUAUUCACUUUAUUGUUAUAUUAAGAGUGAAACCAAUGAUGAAGAGAGAAGAAGCAUUAUUGGACCUGUUACUUGUAAAAUUUCACAGGAUUUAGCGGAUAAGCUUGAAGAUGGUAUCAAGCAUGUUACAAUUCCAAUGAUUAGUUUAAACUUUAAGAAUUAUCAAUUUGCAAUGGAAUUAAUUGAUGAAAUGACACCUGAAGAAUUGGAACAACAAAAUGAAUUGGGUGAUACUUGUUUACAUUUACAACUUGGUUAUGACAAUGAAGUUAUUGAGAAAAUGAUUGAAAAACAACCAAAUUUGACCAAAAUUCUCAACAAGCAACAACGAAGCAUUCUUCGUGCAAGAACAUUAGAACAAGAUCAUUACAGAUAUCCACUCAUUUUAAAAUUACUAACCCAAUAUGAAAUGGAUUAUCUUCAAAAAGAUAUCAUGGACAUUUAUCCACUCCAUUCAGAAAACAACAUUCCCCAAUAUGCAUUCAAUCCAGAAACAAAAACCUUGCUUAACCUUGUUCAAACUAGAAAUUACGCAUUUUUUUAA